UAUUCUAAUUGGAGUUGAAGAUUCCCUAAAGACUUUUUCCUACUGGAAACCUGAAAAUCGACGCAACCACCCAAUAAUCUCUUUCUAUUCCAACCACACCAACUGGUCUUUCAAGUUUCACUCAAGUAGCUUCAGUUGUUCAGGCCAAAAGAAUAGCCAAAAAUCAGCUUCUGCUGUCGGCAAAAGCCAUUAUCUUAUAACAGAAGGUCCAACGCUUGUUUGAACUUAUGUUCACAAGAGCUUUUGUUUGAAGUACUUUCAUUUUAAGCAUGUUGUAAGUCUUGGUAAACAAAUUCUAGACGGAAGAACUUGCAAGUGCGAGUGUAUGACCCAAAAACAUCUCCAACUUUUUCUGCGGUAGUGACAAAAAGCUUAUCCCAAAUAGCCCUCUCUCUCUCUCUCCCUCCCUCUCUGAUUUCACGAUGCAUUUUCUACUUCUUGUGAUUUUUCCUCUUCUUCUUAUCCUCCUCUUCAAAUCUGUGUAUUCAACCAUAUGGGUCCCACUGAGGACACAAACCCAUUUCCAGAAGCAAGGCCUGCGCGGCCCCGCCUACCGUCCGGUCGUUGGAAACUCGGCCGAGAUCCGCCGUAUGUUCGCUGAGGCUCUCUCCAAGCCUUUCCCUUUCCACCACAACAUUGUUCAACGCGUGGCCCCAUUUUACCACCAGUGGUCCGUCAUGUACGGGAAGAAUUUUGUCUACUGGUUUGGGUUGAAGCCCCGAGUGGCUAUAUCCGACCCGGAUAUGAUCAAGGAAAUCCUUUUCAAUUCGGGUGGGUCGUUUAGAAAGAUCCCCUUUACACCUCUGACUAAGUAUCUGCUUGGUGACUGGGGUCUCGUCGGGCUCGAGGGCGAUAAAUGGGCUUUUCACAGAAGGAUAGUAAAUCAGGCCUUCAACAUGGAGCGCGUAAAGAGUUGGGUUCCUGAGAUUGUGGAGAGUACAAUGAAGAUGUUGGAGAAAUGGGAGGAUGUAAGAGGAGGGAGAGAAGAGUUUGAGUUGGAUGUGCACAAAGAACUUCAUCUGCUCUUAGGGGAUGUCAUAUCGAGGACAGCUUUCGGAAGCUGUUUCGAGGAAGGAAAACAUGUUUUCGAUUUGCAAGAACAACAAAUGCAUCUCUUCACGAAGGCAGCAAGGAGCAUUUACAUUCCUGGAUUCAGGUUUUUGCCUACCAAGAGUAACAGAGAAAGGUGGAGAUUAGACAAGGAAAGUAGCGAAUCCAUACGGACGUUGAUUGCGAAAAAUGGCAAAAACAAGGGAGAUUCGAGAAAUCUGCUUAGUCUGUUAAUGACGCCGUACAAGAAUCCGGAUGGUGAAGACGAAAAGUUAGGGAUACAGGAAGUUAUAGAUGAAUGCAAGACCUUCUACUUUGCAGGAAAGGAAACAACCGCCAAUCUUUUGACUUGGGUACUACUACUUCUAGCACAGCAUCCGGAAUGGCAAAGCAAGGCUAGGGAAGAAGUAUUCCGCGUUUUCAGAGACAAUCAGCUCCCGGUUGCAGAGAACUUGAAUGACCUCAAGAAUAUAACUAUGAUCGUUACUGAAACGCUCAGGCUCUACCCUCCAGCCACGAUGAUAACGAGGCAAGCAACAAAGAAGGUUAAGCUCGGGAGCCUGGAAAUUCCUGCUGAUGCACAACUUUAUUUGAUGUUGAUCGCCAUCCAUCACGACACUGAGAUAUGGGGAGAAGAUGCUCACGAAUUCAAUCCAUCGAGGUUUUUGGAGUCACGAAGGCAUUCAGCCUCGUUCAUCCCAUUUGGCCUGGGGCCUCGAAUCUGCGCAGGUCAAACUUCGGCCGUGGUUGAAGCAAAACUAGCAUUGGCACUCAUCAUCCAACGCUAUUCUUUCAGGAUGUCACCAACAUAUGUUCAUGGCCCAAUGCUCUUUUUAACUUUACAGCCCCAGUACGGCGCUCAGAUCAUUUUCACGAAGAUUGCAAAUUGAAAAUUUUGGAGGUUUUCCGACGACAAAAUUUGGGGAUUGAAUGCUCUAAUGAAAAUACCGAGUAUAAUGACGUUUUAAAAUUUAUACAACCGACUCCACUUAGUUAGAUAAAGUUUUGUUGAUGCUAAUGAAUAAGGUUGACUGUGAACAUUGAGAAGUAUUGUUUCCAGGUGCUCAAAAAAUGUAUGUUUCAAUAUAUAUCGACCUUUUUUUAUUAAAUCAUACUAAUUUAUGCAAUUUA